AUGGAAGUUGAGCUGGAUAUUGCUCCGAUGUGCUUGAAAACCAACAAAGAUGGAAGUCGUUUGGUGGUUGGAUGUGUUGAUGGAAGUGUGAGAUUUUAUGAUACGAGUGCCGAAGUUGAACAGCAAGGAGCAUUGAAAGUGGGUUUUUUGGGGAACUGGGGAAUUUUUAAAAAAUAUUUUUCAAAUCUAUAAAAUUCAACAAAAAAAUUACAAAAAAUGUUCAAAAAAAAAAAAAUUCAACCAUAAUUUUAUCCUUGAAUUUCUGGAAAAUAUAAAAUCUACGAUCUUUUAAGUGAACCAAAAUUAUUACAUUUUUUAACUUGAAAAAUACGUUUCAAAAUUUGUAUUUACAUGAAGACACUGUUUUGUGAUUUCAAUGUUGAAAUUGCAUAUUAAGUCUGUAAAAUAUUUUUGAAAACAUUAAAAAGUGCACUUAAUUUUAGUUUUUUUUUCUUCAACAUGCCAUUAAAAAUCCAAAAUUCUAAAGAAAAAUAUGCAAUUGUUUUGAAACAGUGAAAAAAUUUUUUUGAAGCAAUUUUUGAUCUCAAGAAAUGUUUUAAAAUAUUUUUGGAGCUCUAAAUUUUGGUCUGAAAAUUUAAUUUCAAUUAGCUUCCAUAAUUUUUUCUCUGUAUUUCUGAAAAAUAUAGAAUUUGAAUCCACGGGCAUACAGCAUUGAAAAUUUUGAAAUCUGAAGAAAAAUAAGCUAUAAUUUUGAAACAGUGAAAAAAUUUUGGAAUUUUUUUUUCUAGUAUUAAAAAAAAAAAGAAAAAAUCUAAUAAAAUAGAUGGUUUCCUUGAAAUUCUGAAAAAUAUAAAUUUUAGCAAAAAAUUUGGAGCAUUUUGGGCUCAAAUUUGCUCAAAUAUUAGCUGAAAAUUCUCAGAAUUCCACGUGGAUUCUGAAAUUUUUGAAUUUGGUUCAAAAUUUAGAGCGUUUCGAGUUCAAAUUUCAGCUGAAAAUGCUCGAAAUUCCACGUGGAUUCUGAAAUUUUUGUGGCUGGUUCAAAAUUUUUAAGCAUUUUGAGCUCAAAAAUCCCCGAAAAAAUACGUUUCAAAAUUAUUAUUUCUCUCAGAAUUGUGUUUAUUUUUUGGUCUUCUUGGCAAAUACAACUGAACAAAAAAUAAUAUAAUUUCAUCCAAGAAAUUCUGAAAAAUAUAAAUUCAUAACCCCAAGAAUUUGGAGCAUUUUGAGCUCAAAUAUUAGCUGAAAUUGCUCAGAAUUCCACGUGGAUUCUGAAAUUUCGGAGAAUUUUGAGCUACUGAAAACCGAGCUGAAUUGCUCAAAAAUCCCCAAGAAAAUACGUUUCAAAAUUUUUUUUUUCAGGAAAUCUGGCGAUUCGUAACAAAAUCCAGUGUUCGAGGUGUCGAAAUCGACGAUGAUCUGAAACAAGUCUACGCGGUCACCAAAAACCGAGCCCUAUGUGUUUUUGACAUGGAAACCGGUCGGCGAAUUCGCUGCAUUCUCAAAUGUCAUUCAGAUGUUCCAUCAGCGAUGUGUGUUUUGCCGCCGACGGCGUUGAAAAAUCAACAAUUGGCCACAGCUGAUGAAUCGGGAGAGGUUAAGACGUGGGAUUUGCGGGCGAAUGAGCCGGUGGUGAGAAAAUGGAAGCAACAAGAAGAGGAGAUUAAUGAUUUGAAAUUGGAUUGUAAACAUAAUUUGAUUGCUUCGUCUUCUGAUGGAACUUUGGCUGCUUAUGAUGUGAGUUUUGGAGCAUUUUGAGCCCGAAUUCCACGUGGAUUCUGUGAUUUUUGAAUUUGGCUCGAGAUUUGGAGCACUUUGAGUCCAAAUUCUACGUGGAUUCUGGAAUUUUUGAAUUUGGUUUGAAAUUUGGAGCAUUUUGAGCUCAAAAAAUACUGAAAUUUGGGCUGAAAUUGCUCAGAAUUUCACGUGGAUUCUGAAAUUUCUGAUUUUGGCUUGAAAUUUGGAGCAUUUUGAGCCCUAAUUUGCUCAAAAAUACUGAAAUUUGAGCUGAAAUUGGUCAGAAUUCCACGUGGAUUCUGAAAUAUUCGAAUUUGGCUCGAGAUUUGGAGCUCGAGAUUUGGAGCAGCUCAAAAAUACUGAAAUUUGAGCUGAAAUUGCUCAGAAUUCCACGUGGAUUCUGAAAUAUUCGAAUUUGGCUCGAGAUUUGGAGCAGCUCAAAAAUACUGAAAUUUGAGCUGAAAAUGCUCAGAAUUUCACGUGGAUCCCGAAAUUUCUGAAAUUGGCUGAGGAUUUGGAGCAUUUUGAGCUCAAAAACACUGAAAAUCGUAAGAAAUCACAUAAAUUCGUCUAAAAAUCUGAAAUUUCAGUCUGAAACUCAGUUUUCAAAUCAAAAUUUAAAAUCUGGAGCCUCAAAAAUUAUGCUGAAUUAAAAAUUUUUCCGAAUUUUCUCGAUUUUCCAGCUCCGAAAAGGCAAAUUCAAAGUUCGAAGCGAAGCAAUGCACUCGGAAUUAUCAGCGAUUUGUCCAACCAACAAAUAUACAUAUGUUGGAGGUCAAGAUGGAUUUGUUGAAGUUUUUGAUUUGAAUGAAUAUGGUAAUAUUUUGGAACGGAUUGAGAGUGGAUAUGAAAUGGUGAGUUUUUGAAGUAUUUAAAGGUGCAUAGGCUUGAAAAUCGUGAAAAAUUGAAUAUUUCUGGGUCCUGCCACGAUUUUUAAGGGUUUUAAAGGUGCAUAGGCUUGAAAAUCGUGUCAAGACCCAAUUUUCUGAUGAAAAAUUGAAGAUUUUUGGGUCCUGCCACGAUUUUUGAGAUGUUUAAAGGUGCAUAGGCUUGAAAAUUUUGCAGGGUGUCAACGGAAUUGUGGAGCUCCGUUUGGGAUUGUUGCUGUUGUCAAGUAAUGGAAGUAACAAAUUGAAAUUGUUGAAUGUGAUGCCAUCGAAAAGGCUUGGAGCGAUGGGUUCGCAUGGAGAAGAUGAUAUUGAUGGAAUUGAUGUUAUUACCAUUUCCCAAGAUAAAUCUACAGUCUUUUCGGCGGUCUCGAUGAAUUGCUCGAUUAAGAAGUGGAAUUUGGCGCCGAUUGUUGGACAGAUUCCGAUUUUGAGGGCGCAGGAUGCGAAGAAGAAGAAGGGACAGGUUGCGCAAGGGUAGGUAGAUUCGGGGGGGGGAUGCGGAAGGUUCCGCGUGGCCGCUAACGCGGAAGCUUGCGGUUUACACUCGCAGCUCCGCUGCUCGAGCGAAGCGAGUGUAUAUCAGAAGCUUCCGCGUUAGCGGCUUUGCUAUGACGAAGAAUAUUCCGCUUUAGCGGCCACGUGGAUUACUAUGACGUGCACCUGUAAAUUCCUAUGGUUUCCACGUCAUAGUUAUCCGCGUGGCCGCUAAAGCGGAACACAGUGCCGCUGACGCGGAAGCUUGCGGUUUACACUCGCUUCGCUCGGCUUCAGUUUUCGAUAGUGUAAAUGCGGAGUGUCGUAGUUUUUCAAGGGGGAAAAUGUGUGUUAAAAUCCAAAAUGGUACGAUUUUUCAGGGUUACUGUAUGUUCCUUUAAAUAUUAAGAAAUAGACGAAUUCAGAGAAAAUUUUGAGAUAAAUUUUAGAUUUAUAUUACAAAAAAACCACUGUUUCAAACAUGUUUGAAACUAUUUUUAAUUAUUUGAUAACGAUAGUUCAAACUCAGGGAUACUGUAUGCUCCUUUAAUUAUUAUUAAAACAUUAUUUUUGUUCAUACCAAGUUUAGACAUAAGGGCGAAAUUUUUCUUGAAUGAAGUUUUAAAAUGCCACGUCAUAGCUCAAAUUUUGAAGGUGAAGUCUCCUGAAAAUUGAAAAAUCAAAAUUCCAUCCCAGAAAUUCACAUUAUUUUGAAACAGUGAAAAUUUUGAGUUCGAAAAAAAAUUUUUAACCCAAAAAGUUUACUGUUUCAAACAUUUUGGAAAGUCAAAAAUGAGAAAAAUCCUGGAUUUUAAUUCCAAAAAUAGAAGUUUCGAAAUUCCACGUCAUAGUUCACAUUUUGUUGUAGAGUCGGAUGAAAAUUGAAAAAUCCAAAUUUCAUCCCAGAAAUUCACAUUACUUUGAAACAGUGAAAAUUUUAAAUUUGAAAAAAAAAUUUUAACCCAAAAAAUCUACUGUUUCAAACAAUUUUGAAAGUCUAAAAUGAGCAAAAAUCCUUGAUUUUUAUUCCAAAAAUUGAAGUUUCGAAAUUCCACGUUAUAGUUCACGUGAAAACAUUAAUUUUUGUAUUUUUCAGUUUAAAAAUCUGAAAAUUUUGAGCUGAAAAUCAUGAAAAUAUCAAGUUUUGCUCAAAAAUGAGAAUUUUCAGCUGAAAAUCCUGAAAAUUCUAGAAAAUUUCCAGAUUUUUCGACGAUCUUGUCGGCGGAAAUGGCGAUGAACCAAAAUCAAAACGACAAAAAACAUCGGAAGCCGAAUCGGGAGAAGAUCAAGAUGAAGAAGAAUCUGGAGUGGAUUCAGAUGAUGAAGAAAUCGAUGAUGAAGAAGAUCAUGUGAUUGAUGAUGAAGCUGAAGAUGAAGCUGAAGAAGAGGAAGAUGAUGAAGAUGUUGAUGAAUAG